AUGGCUGGGCAGGUGCCCCAGCCGCCGGGGCUGCGAGAUGGCGAGAGAAAGGGAGGAGACCCUGUGAGAAAUGCGAGACUGAGGACAACAACUACCAGCAGCAGACCAGCAUCAUCCAACAGCGAGAACAGCCCAAGGUCGAGUAAUGACGAAGAGAAAGGCUCUAUGGCUGCUCUACAAACUCUGCUGGGCAAUGCAGUGCAUGGCUUGAGCACAAACGAGGUAGUGUUCUUCCCAAGAAGCAGGGACGAGAAGCGCGAAGAUGAAGGAACGCGAGCUCCUGAGCGAUCUUCAGCUGAGAAAGGAAGCGCAUUAGAGACUGGCAAGUUGAUGGAGGAGCUGGUCAGAGCCUACAAUGAACUAGAGCAGGAAAGAUGUCGAAGAAAGCGAUCUGAGCAACAUGCUCGAAAAUCGUUGACUGGAUGCAUCGGAACAAUAUCAAGUUUGAUCCAUCACAGGAGAACUUCGAUGCAGCAGACAACCAGUUCUGCUCAGCGUGCCGAGAUGUCUCUUGCCAGACGGAAGACAUGGUCUGGAAGCAGGAGACUCCUCGAGGGUCAGGUAUCGCGGCUGCGCAGUACCUUGGGGUGUGCUGUCUCUGCAACCGGGCACGAACUUCUCCCAUGGCCUCCAAGGGGACUCUCACAGACGAGCGGCUCAACGAGACGUUCCUGUCCGACGGCGCGGAUGACCUGAGGGGCCCUGAGCUCGAGCUGUUGGGAUCUGGGGCUGAUGCUUUUGCUGCGGAAGGCAGUCCGAACGAGAGGACGUCUCCUAGCGUUCGACCGCACACAGCCCAUGCCUUCAGGUCCGAUGAGAGCAGCGUGCCAGACUUCGAUAUCGCUGGUUUCGCUACCAUCACAGACAGUCAAAAUCGACCCAUGACGAGUCUCGCCACACAUGCUACUAAACAGCCUCAAAGCAAUCGACCGACUUCCGCCUUGGCUCAGUAUCGAAAGACUGUCGGAGACUAUCGCCGUGGAAUCGAAGAACUACAGAGAAAGUUUGGUCUCAUCAAGGAGGGGAACUUCUCAGAAGCGAGUUUAGAUUCGAGUAGAAGCUCACUGACUACAGGAGAUGAAUGUACAUAA